AGGAUGACUCAUGGUCUGAUAAACACAGCUGAUAUUCCAGCUAAAUUGGGCCAAUCCAGUUUUACCUCUGAAUGUAUUCCCAUGGCCGUGACCUGUGGCUGUGCUGGCCUGGUUCUUGGAGUUUCCGUUAUGCUUGUUGUCUGGUGUAAAUGUAAACGAGAUUACGAGAAAAAAAUUAAACAGCUUGAAGUUGACUUAGAAAAGCAGGAUAAAGAACCGAAAGGUGUUGACAUGACACAUGUGGUUGAGAUACAGGAUAAAGAACCGGAUCCCAUGAAGGCCACACUGAUGAAGAUUAAGACUGAACUGAAGGAAAUGAUGAUCCACUCCAAAAACAACUUGAUGAAGCGAAGAAAGAGAAGGGUGCGAUAAAGUUAGGGGAGAUAGAAACAGAGAGAGAACUGACAUUAGGAGAAAAGCAAAACCUAUUAAAUGAUCAGAAGAAUUUGGACAAGAUAGAGAGAAUCUCUGAGAACAUGAUGAUGAAGGUAAAUACAAUGCUGGGGUCAAUAGAGUCUCAGCUUAUUGAAUAAACAAGGAGAGGAACGUUUGAAUCGUGUUAAGAUCAGGUGAAAGCAAUCAGAACAAUUUAAAUUCACCAAAACUCAACAACAAUCAAACAAAAGAUAUUUUUAAAUGAAGUGUGAAGUAAAAUGUUAUGAUGGUGACAGUGUGACCGUGGGUUUAUUAUCAUCAGGUGCAGCUCAAUGAAAACAAGUACUACAAUAUCAGCUCCAUUUAAUUGGUUGUGUGCAGAAAAUGUCUGAAAGUUGUAUGAGGAUAAGAUGCAUUGUUUCUCUUGCUUUGCAUUUCUGUUAAAUAAUUUCACUGUUUCUUCUUUGUUGUUGUUAAAAUUGCUCAUCAUUGCAUACAUUCUGAAAAUCUAAAUAAAAUCACAUUUA